AGGUGGUGCAGGUUGCAGUAAUUAAAGUGACACGUUUUAACAAAAUGUUUUUUUUUAUCACAACUCUUUUUGUUCUCAUCAGAAUUACAGCAGCGACGAUAAUCAUGGCGGUCAUCGUAAUCCUUCUCGUCACCAAGAAGGAUGGCGCCAGGCCUGUCCUGCCUCACUCUCCCAACCCUUCGCCCCUCGUCAUCAAAGAGGAUGGCGCCAGGCCUGUCCUGCCUCACUCUCCCAACCCUCCGCCCCUCGUCAUCAAGAAGGAUGGCGCCAGGCCUGUCCUGCCUCACUCUCCCAACCUUCCGCCCCUCGUCAUCAAGGAGGAUGGCGCCAGGCCUGUCCUGCCUCACUCUCCCAACCCUCCGCCCCUCGUCAUCAAGAAGGAUGGCGCCAUGCCUGUCCUGCCUCACUCUCCCAACCCUCCGCCCCUCGUCAUCAAGAAGGAUGGCGCCAGGCCUGUCCUGCCUCACUCUCCCAACCCUCCGCCCCUCGUCAUCAAGGAGGAUGGCGCCAGGCCUGUCCUGCCUCACUCUCCCAACCCUCCGCCCCUCGUCAUCAAGAAGGAUGGCGCCAGGCCUGUCCUGCCUCACUCUCCCAACCCUCCGCCCCUCGUCAUCAAGAAGGAUGGCGCCAGGCCUGUCCUGCCUCACUCUCCCAACCCUUCGCCCCUCGUCAUCAAGGAGGAUGGCGCCAGGCCUGUCCUGCCUCACUCUACCAACCCUCCGCCCCUCGUCACCUCCGCGCCUCGAGACGCAUCGAUCUGUGACUGCUCGAACAUACCAUGGCCCGAAAGUAACGACACGGUUGCCUUCCUGAACCUCUCCCUGCCGUGGUUCAACACGUCGACCGUCCAGGAGGUGAGGUCGCGACAUCCAAAUCUUCCCAUCGAGCUGCUUCACGACGCCGAGCAAUCUCGCUGCUCGCUGCUCCCGACCAUUUUCAG